AGAGGUGGCCUGGCUACGGCACUACAUCCAGCAUUGCAAGAUGAUUCUCUCUUGCUUGCGAGCAAGAAGCGAAGUGCCAAGUCACGCUUUGCUACAACUAUGGCGAAUCAGAAACCGCAGGAGCCUACACAGGUCCCGAAACGCAAGCAGCUUGAGCUGCUCAAUGGGGUAGAAGGCUUCAGCGACACGACAAAGAAUCCUUAUUAUGAUGCGAAGCUUGGUGGCAGAGAUCUCAGCCGACCCGUGAAUCGACGUGCCAAAGUGCUCCAGUUCAACCCGCAUGGCAAGUUCAUUGAGCAGGCGAAUGAAAUCAGGCGUGAGCAGGAGCUCAAGGCCAUACGUGCUCAACAGGCUGCUGAAGCGCGUAAAGCUGGUUUGGAAGACGACUUUGAUAUGUCGAGCAGACUCAUUAAGAAGCCUGAACCACCCGUGGUCGAGUGGUGGGAUAAGCCUUUCCUACAGGAAGCCACGGAUCAAUCGACAGAGCCACUGCUGAAUGAGAGUGCCGUUACUAACAUGGUACAACACCCCAUUCCAAUUCCAGCACCGGUAGACUUGAAUGCGCCUGAGCCAAAGGGCAUCAUGUAUACGAAGCGCGAGCACAAGAAGAUGCGUAAUCAGGAUCGUACUGCGAAGCGAAAGGAUACGCAGGACAAGCAACGUCUAGGUCUCAUUCCGCCUGAGCCACCAAAAGUGAAGCUCAGCAACAUGAUGACUCUGUAUGCUGAAGAAGCAGCACUCGAUCCCACCAAGAUGGAGCAAAAGGUGCGGGCGCAGAUGGCAGAGCGCAGAGAUCGUCAUGAACGGGAUAACAUCGAGCGUAUGUUGACGAAGGAGGAAAAAGCAGAAAAGGCGCGCAUCAAGCUUGAGGAGGAUGCAGCUCGCGGUAUCCACGGAUGUGCAUGGCGUGUUGAGACACUUGCGAGCCGCUAUGUGCGUAAGCGGAUUGACGACAACGCACACCAGUGCGCCUUGACGGGCGUGGUGGUGCUAAACCCGAGAUUCAACCUGGUGUACAUCGAAGGCGGCCAGAAGAGUGUUAAGUUUUUCCAAAAGCUUAUGGAGAACCGAAUUGCAUGGACAGAGCCACCGCGGAAUGCGAUGCAAGUCGAUGACAAUGAGGACGAUCCCGAACGCCCGGACUAUGAGAACAAUCGAUGCACAAGGAUCUGGGAGGGCGAACUGAAGACACGAACACGUCGGGCGUUUCUGUACAAAAAGUGUCCGACUGAUGUCGAGGUGAAGGAUGCACUGCGAGAU